GGGCGCCAUCCUGUGUGUGUGACUGUCACCAUGGAAGGGCUCAUUGUGGGCCUCUAAGGAGUGUGAAGCUGCUGGAGACUCUGCUGGGCUGUGUUGGCUCCCAGGUGCCAAUCCUCAGUGAGAAGGUCCACGAAUCUUACUGCAGAUUUGUUCAGCACAAUGGGCUGCAAAAACCUGCUCAGCCUGGGCCAGCAGAUGCUGCGCCGGAAGGUGGUGGACUGCAGCCGGGAGGAAAGCCGGCUGUCCCGUUGCCUCAACACCUAUGACCUGGUAGCGCUUGGGGUGGGCAGCACCUUGGGCGCUGGUGUCUACGUCCUAGCCGGUGCUGUGGCCCGUGAAAAUGCUGGCCCUGCCAUCGUCAUCUCCUUCCUGAUUGCCGCUCUUGCCUCGGUGCUGGCCGGCCUGUGCUACGGCGAGUUUGGUGCCCGUGUCCCGAAGACGGGCUCAGCCUACCUCUACAGCUAUGUGACCGUGGGGGAGCUCUGGGCCUUCAUCACUGGCUGGAACCUGAUUCUCUCCUACAUCAUUGGUACUUCAAGCGUGGCAAGAGCCUGGAGUGCGACUUUUGACGAGCUGAUAGGCAAACCCAUUGGCGAGUUCUCACGUCAACACAUGGCUCUGAAUGCCCCUGGGGUGCUGGCCCAAACCCCAGACAUAUUUGCUGUGAUUAUAAUUAUCAUCUUAACAGGACUGUUAACUCUUGGCGUGAAAGAGUCAGCCAUGGUCAACAAAAUCUUCACCUGUAUUAACGUCCUGGUCUUGUGCUUCAUCAUGGUGUCGGGGUUCGUGAAAGGCUCUAUUGAAAACUGGCAGCUCACGGAGAAAGAUUUCUUGAAUAAAUCCAACCCUCUCUGUAGGAAUAACGACACAAACGUGAAACACGGUGAGGGAGGGUUCAUGCCCUUUGGAUUCUCCGGUGUUCUGUCAGGGGCAGCGACCUGCUUUUAUGCCUUCGUGGGCUUUGACUGCAUCGCCACCACAGGAGAAGAAGUCAAGAACCCCCAGAAGGCCAUUCCUGUGGGCAUCGUGGCUUCCCUCCUCAUUUGCUUCAUAGCUUACUUUGGGGUGUCCGCCGCUCUCACCCUCAUGAUGCCUUACUUCUGCCUGGACAUCGACAGCCCGCUGCCUGGUGCCUUCAAGCAUAGGGGCUGGGAAGAAGCUAAGUAUGCAGUGGCCGUUGGCUCUCUCUGCGCACUUUCCACCAGUCUCCUAGGCUCCAUGUUUCCCAUGCCCCGAGUUAUCUAUGCCAUGGCUGAAGAUGGACUACUGUUUAAAUUUUUGGCCAAAAUCAACGAUAGGACCAAAACGCCAGUCAUCGCUACUGUGACCUCAGGUGCCAUUGCCGCUGUGAUGGCCUUCCUCUUUGAACUGAAGGACCUGGUGGACCUCAUGUCCAUUGGUACUCUCCUGGCUUACUCUUUGGUGGCUGCCUGUGUUUUGGUCUUACGGUACCAGCCAGAACAACCGAAUAUGGUAUACCAGAUGGCCAGAACCACUGAUGAGCUAGAUCAAGUAGACCAGAAUGAACUGGUCAGUGCCAGUGAGUCUCAGACAGGCUUUUUACCAGUCGCUGAGAAGUUUUCUCUGAAAACCAUACUCUCACCCAAGAACAUGGAACCGUCCAAAUUCUCGGGGCUAAUUGUGAACAUUUCAGCCGGACUCUUAGCUGCUCUUAUCAUCACCGUAUGCAUUGUGGCCGUGCUUGGAAGAGAGGCUCUGGCCGAAGGGACGCUGUGGGCAGUCUUUGUAAUGACAGGGUCAGUCCUCCUCUGCAUGCUGGUGACAGGCAUCAUCUGGAGGCAGCCUGAGAGCAAGACCAAGCUCUCAUUUAAGGUACCCUUUGUCCCCGUACUUCCUGUCUUGAGCAUCUUCGUGAACAUCUAUCUCAUGAUGCAGCUGGACCAGGGCACGUGGGUCCGGUUUGCAGUAUGGAUGCUGAUAGGCUUCGCCAUCUACUUUGGUUAUGGGGUCUGGCACAGUGAGGAAGCAUCUCUGGCUGCUGGCCAGGCAAAGACUCCUGACAGCAACUUGGACCAGUGCAAAUGACGUGCAGCCCCACCCACCAAGGUGACAGCGGUUGACAGGUGCCCAUAGAGACCUGGGACCCACACACUCUCUCUACUCAUGCCUCAGGAUCAGGUCACACCCCCAAUGUCACCAAAGCUGGUUUGCAGUCUUCAGCCAUGGCUGACAUGGCCUGGUCAGACAGCCCUGCAGCCAGCUCAUGAGAUCCUGGUCACUUCUGGACAGUUCCUUGGUUUUCUCAUCUCCCUCUGAACAAAGAAAGCAGCCCUUCUCCCUGCCAGCUGGGUGCUUUGCUGCUGCAGGCCCAGCAGAAGGGAGGCCCCCUUCUUCUCUUACUUGGGAAGCAGGCCUCCCUCCCUGGGACCACCCUGGUAUUGCUCGUGUACCCUCCAGAUGCCUGGUGAGCACCCCCUGUCAGCCCAGGAAGGCCUCCUGACCACAAGAUGCAAGACUAUCCCAGUGAGGAAGCAUGUCCCCCAGAAGUGCUACCCAACAGCCAAUCAACUGCAGAAUACCCAAAGAGGAGGAACAGGUUCACAUCUUACUGCUCUCAGGCUGGGCUAGUAGGAUGGGGUCCCCGUCUACAUAGAGGCUUCUGGGCAGACCCCGUCAUGGUGUGAGCCAUUCAUCUUGAGCGCAGAAGAUGGGAGAUUCCUGGAGUGGUCAAUAGUAUCAAGAUGGGAUGGCCAACUCUGCUCGUGUGGACCAGGGCAACAUUCUCUAGUCUUAUUCCUAGCAGGCCUGGCUUGGCUUCUGCUGUUCUUGGCGCCUUGUCCCCACUGUCUUGAGUCAUUGGAGCACGAGGCUAUAUCAGUAGGGUUAUGUCACUCUCAUGGGUCUUCUAAGGUUCUUCAGACAGGUAGCACUCAAUAUGGGGUGGUGACACGAUCUGUGUGGCUUCUUACAUCUGAAGACUGCUGUGGUGUCCUCCCCCUGUUGCUUGCUGUGAAUCCCUCCACUGGAUUAACUUGGGGCUUGAUGUUACCUUGGAAGAUAGCCAAAUAAUUACCAAGUGCCAUAUCAGCUUGUGGUUCAAGACGUGUGGCCUGCACAGGCGAUGACUUGGGGUCCUAUUGCUAGUCCUCUCAUAGCUGUGGUGCCUUUGCCUGCUGCUGGUGAGAUUUCCACCCUGGCCUGGACCUUAUGCUCCCCAAAUAUGCCUUCAUUUCCCCUCCCCCAUGCUCCUUAUCUCUCUGGGUGAGGCCCUAGGGCCUACACCUCCUCACUUACUCUGUGUGUAUAGAAACUCGGGUGAUAGUGCUGGUGGAUUCUCAGAAACAGCAGGGCACCCCUCCCCACUCCCCCAUCCCCCUCCCCGCCAUGUCGGGAUGGGGAAGGCUAGUGUCUUAGCCUAAUGUUAACGAUGUUUUUAAAGCCUAGCUUUCUCUCCUGUCUGGCCUUUGACCCAAGUCUGGUGGAAACAGGCUGGGUAAACUGAUGACCCAGUCUUCCCCUCUACUCUGGAAGGUUCUUGGGAAUGGCAAGAGUUAGUGGACUGGCAUGUAGCCUAGUGGUAGGGCAUUUGCUUAGCCUAUGCAGGGUCUCAGGUUCCACUCCCAGCACUAUGGAAAAUUAGGGAAAUUAGAGAAACCGCCUGGAUGCUGGGUCAGCCAGCAGAGGGCAGCUGAGCAGCCAAGGGCCAGGCCUUGUGUCAGGCCCUGACCAUCGUCCAGGCACUUUGUCUCAUAGGUUGCCUGCGAAAACUUCAAAGGGAGCCUUAGAAGACCCUAAAUGUUGAGUUUCUAAAGGUAUUUAAAGUUAUGUAGAUUGGUGCUGUAAAAUAUUUUGAUAAAUAUUAACUUAUUUUGUUCGGGUCUUGAUUACCUGUUGUCUUCUUAGGGCCUGUUAAAUAUCUGUCUGCUUUUUUUCCCUUGUUACUUACAGAGAGAGAGAGAGAGAGAGAGAGAGAGAGAGAGAGAGAGAGAGAGGGAGGAAAGAGAGAAGAGAGAGAAAAGAGAGAGAGAGAGAGAGAGAGAGAGAGAGAGAGAGAGAGAGUACCCAGUGAGGUGUUGGGAGAAUUUUUUAAACUUUAGUGUCUUUGGCUUCUUUUUUGAGACAAGGUCUCACUCUGUAGCUGGCCUGGAAUAGGAUAUUGCUGCCCAGUCUAGCCUCUGCCUCAGGCUCCUGAGUGCUAAGAUCACGGGUGUGUGCCGCCACUCCUCCUGCUGAACUGUCUGUCUCCUUGCUUUCUGGAUGAAAAUUUCCUGUCUAAGGCAGCCUAACGAUGUGUUUACAGUAGACAUCUCAGCCAGCAGCCUGGACCCCACCAAGGGGAAGGGCGGAUCUAGGGGUUUGACCCACCAUCAUCUCUCCUGAGGACCACAAGUGAUGGUGGCCGAUCUGCUUCAGUGUGCGACACAGGAGCAAACACAGGCCCUGGCUGGAGGUGGGGUGGGGCUGGGGGCAUCCUGUACCCACUUCCUAGUCAGGAAAAGAUACUCGAGGGUGACUUGCCUAGUUAGUUGAUUGGCCACCGAGCUUUUACUAAGAUUAGACAGUUGCCAGGGAAGCUUUUUGGGGGUGCACAGGAACAAUGAUCCACACAGUUCUGCCGGGAGUGAUACACUUUUUAUUACGCCCCCAGUUUCUUUUCCUGAAAGGAAAACAGAAGCCCCAAACUCAACACACAUACAUACAUCCCUCCAGACCAGUAGUAGGUAGUGUCACAUCUCCUAGCCUCCUGCCCGAAGAAGAGUCCCAUUGAGUUUCAAAGUGUGGCCAGUAUUUCCUACCUGGCUGGGACUUAGCCAUUCUAAAGACACAUUCCCAUGCCUUGUUUAUCUUCAACUAGAGUAUUCACAUUGGAAAGACCUGUUUUCCCAGGAGCCUGUGCCCUUCCUGUCUCUGGGUCUAAGUUCAUGAAGAAGCCAAUACCCAGAGAGCUGUGCUUAGGAGUGGGGUACAAGAUGUCUCCACCUUUUAGAAUGUGGCCCCAGUGGUGUUGGUGGUAGGUGGCGUCUACAGAGACAUUAGGCCCCUAUGUAUAUUUGUGGAAGGGUGGAUGCACACCGAUGCCCACCCCAUCCCUGCCCAUAACCCUACAACCAGGCCUUUGUGGAUUUAUUUUGCAAACAAAGAAAAAGUAAGGAUCCGGCCCCGGGGCAGUUUCUGGAAGAUUGCUGGGUUUGCACUGUUCUCAGUUGCUCACAGUUUGGUUUUACAGUAUGCAAAUUCUUCCCAGUCCCCUGUGCUGAUGACUUGGCUUAGACACCACAAUGCCAACCUCCUGCCUGAGGCUUGGUGGCCACAAGUGACUGCAGGACCACGGGGGACAUCAGGCUUCUCCACAUGCCCCUAGUGACCAAGACUUGGACAUACCCCCUCAUACCCCCUCCCAAGCACAUUUGGCACAGCCAGUGUGUGCACACCAAAGGGAAUAUGUAACCCCUUCACCUGUACUGUCCACUGCUCUCAUGCUCAGGGCUGAGAAUACCAGUGGCCGUGUUUGUACCUUGGUCCUAACCCCAGACAGACAUUCUGAAUCGGAUAUUGUUCAUAGUCUCUAGCAAGGAACUUGCCCAAACACCGGAAGAAGCUUGGGAACAGCAGUGUUAGAGACUGAGUUCCUGGGGUAAGCAUGGACAUGUCCCACAGGCGCACUCACAUCUACUGGCAAAACCAUGGCCACUGCGGGCCUGUGUACCUACAGUGAAAAUGUGGCUGGCAAUUUCGCCGGGGCCCGUCCUUUCUGACUUGAAUAUCUCAUGUUCUCACGGAUACUUAUUUUAUUCUAAUAAAAACUUACUGGGUUUUUUUUGGCACCCAAGCAUUAAGGGAUCUUAGUGGGGAUCUAAGUGCCAGGGUGCCCAUCCCCUGGGGUGUUGGUAGGUGAUGGAAACGGAUGCUUGAGUCCAUGUAUGGUUGGGCUAGCGAAGGGAGUGGCCAUACAGAGAAUACAUGGCCCAUGAAACUAUUACAGAAUUCAAAGUCAGCACGGAAUGUCUGUUACGUGCGGUUAUUGACACAGUGAUACAGAAAAUGUGCUAUCCCCCAAUUUGGUUAGGAGGAAAUUUUUUAAAGGCAAAACCAAAAAAAAAAUCUACCAGCUGGUUUUCACCUCCCUUACUCUGGCCCGGGCUUUCUGUAUUCACUGCUCCAUUGAGCCAGGGAACAUGGUGUGGCCAAGGGUCUUGGGACAUAGUGAUGACCAAGGAGCCUUCCUGGACCAUUCUGUUACAUGUGCUGAAUGGCUAGCUAAAAAGCCCAGGAGAGAUGAAAGACCAUGGCCAAAAACAUUCUCAGGACGCUGGCAUGUCCAGCAGGGUCAGGAAGCAAGAUUUAGAAAGAUACAUCAUGCAAACUAAUUUAUUGACAUUGACAAGUGUUACCUUUUGUGUUCCUUGACAAGCUUUUUGAGUUUGGGACUUAUUUUCCCAUUUGAGAAGUUAUAAUAUAUCUUUGUAUUUAAGAUAUUUACUGCUUUGUUUGUGCCUUGCAGCUUCAAUGGGUUUAAGGAUCACAGAGGGUCAGGAUACCAAUGAGGGCUGGUUUAUUAGCAAACCUGAAGAGUUGUGUGGUUUCUCCAGGACAAUUUUUUUUUUAUUUCUACUGAACAUGGAGCCAUUAUUAAAAGAGUUAUGUGUGGUUUUUCAUUAUGUAAAUUGUAUAUAUUUUUUUGCUUGUUUGAGGUUCUAUUUUUCUAAUAGUCUUACAGUUUCUUAUAAUGAUGACAUUUGAUUAAGUCCGAUACUAACUGUAAAUCAAGCUGGUCUCUGCUGGAUUCCCGUGGAUUAAUUCUAUUUUAUUUUAUUAAGGCCAAGUGCAGGUGUCGUCCACCACCCUUUUGAAAAAAUGUGAAAUGUCUCCCCUCGUUGCUGAAUACAUUGUACACUGGCAAAACCCCUCCUAUGCUUAUGUGUUGUAAAAUCAAAGCUAUUUUGUGGUACAUUGUCUCAUGCUUCUGCAAAUGCUAAUAAAUCCUGUCUGGCUUCCA